AUGCAAAAUAAACUCAUUUUUAAGUUUUGGCGACGAACUCAUAUAAAAGAGUCAACUGAUACGGAAAUUGGUACAAUAAAUACACACGAAGAGGAAAAAGAUAAUCACGAAUGGGAUAAUCCACUUGAGUUUAUAUUUUCUUUAAUUUCAAAUUCCGUUGGUCUCGGAAAUGUUUGGCGUUUUCCUUAUUUAGCCGCUAAGAGUGGUGGUGGUCUGUAUUCAAUUCUGCUUUCCUAUACUAUUUAUCGAUUCAUAUGUUAUAUAGGUGCAUUUUUAAUUCCAUAUUUUAUAUUGUAUUUUUUAAUUGGUGCACCAAUAUAUUACCUUGAAUUAGCACUUGGUCAAUUUUCUAGUCGAGGUCCAGCUACUGCAUUUUUACUUGCUAAAGGAUGGCAAGGUGUCGGAUUUGCUAUGAUAAUAAAUAGUGUACUUUGUAUGCUUUAUUAUAAUGUUAUUAUAAGUUGGGCUUUAUUUUAUUUUAUUUCAUCAUUUCGAACAAAUCUUUUAUGGAAAAAAUGUGGAUAUUGGUGGAAUGAUGCGAGAUGUUUUGUCCCCGGUGCUGAUAGUUCAUCGUUUAGAGUAAACGGAACAACAUAUAACUGUACUGAACCGCAAUUUCUUAAUCGUACAGAGUAUUUAUGUGAACAAAUCAAUGCAACAGAUCGAGUGACAGCUACAGAACAAUUCUUUUUUCAAUUACUUUUGAAUAAGAGUAAUAAAUUUGAAGAUUUUGGCAGACCAAGAGCGUAUCCUGCUGUUUCAUUAUUAUUGGCUUGGAUUAUUGUUGGUGCAUGCAUUAUUCGUGGUGUUAAAUCGUCAGGAAAAGUUGCAUAUUUUACGGCUAUUUUCCCAUAUAUUGUUCUUCUGGUAUUAAUUAUUCAAAGUUCAUUAUUAAAUGGAGCUAUUCAAGGAAUCAAAUACUAUGUUAUUCCAAGAUGGGAGCUUGUUGCAAAAUUUGAAACUUGGCAAGCAGCUGCAUCUCAAGUAUUUUUCUCACUUGGCCUCAGCUUUGGUUCAUUAAUGGCUUAUUCAGCAUCAAAUAAAUUUAACAAUAAUUUUUUCAGACAAAUGUGUAUUGUUGUAUCAUGUGAUUGUUUUACCGGUGUAUUUGCUGGCUUUGCUGUAUUUGCUACGAUUGGUUAUUUGUCAACGGAAUUAAAAGAAUCAGUUUCAAAAUAUGCCGAUGCAUCUGGUCCAGGAUUAGCAUUUAUAACUUAUCCCGAAGCUAUUGCACAUAUGCCAGCUAGUUCACUUUUUUCGAUUCUCUUUUUUCUGAUGCUUUUAGCACUUGGACUUGGUUCACAGUUUGCUUUAACAGAUGUUCCAAUAACAUCAAUAUUGGAAUUGUUUCCAAGAUUUAAAUCCCAGAGAGAGUUGACAGUAAUAAUUACUUGUGUUGUAUCAUUUUUAAUAAGUUUACCAUUUACAUGUCCAGUUCGUAUUGAAGUUUUUUUAAAUUUUAUUUCUGAAUAUCGAAAUGUUUUUAUUGAAUUUUUAUUUUAUGGAACAAAAUAUAUACGAUCAAUUGGUCCUUCAACCGAUAAUGGCUCUUCAGAUGAUAACAACUGUCCUGAAAAACCUCGAUAUAUAGAAGCAUUUACUCAAAAUAAUGCACCUCGGUACGAUUGGGGACCGAAGAAAAGUAUAAGCCACGUUGGUUUAUAUGCUUAUUUGAAAACAGUAGAAUCAAAAGACGUCAUUGUUCUUGAUCGAAUAAUGAAUGUAUCAAACGAUGGAUAUUCCAAUCGAAGUUAUCAAGAGGAUUGUAUUUCGAAUAAGAAUGCUCCGCAAAUACCAACAGAAAGACAUUAA